CCUCUCCUGAGUCCUGACCUCUUGACCGGCGGGCCGGCGGAGGGUUAUAUCAACCCGGCGGGCACCGCAGCAGGACUCGUCUUCCUUGUUCCUUCCUCCCGGCCGAACUCCAGGCAACGAACCACCGUGUCCUCCAUCCAUUCCACCCAAAUCCCACCCCCCUCCCUCCCUCCCCCGUCUACCCCCAGCACUAAGCGCCGCUCGUCGGCCGGCAUGCCGGAUUACGCCGCUCCCCCGGAGGACCAGGCGCUGGAGCUGGGCCCCAGGCAGCCCCUCUACGCCGCGUUCUACCUCGCGCUCCUCGUCGCCUGGGUCCCCACCAAGGUGCGCGCCGUCGCCAGCUGGCUAUCCAGGGGCCCGCGCCCGCGCCCGCCCCGUCCUCCGGUUCCGGUGGCGGACGGACGCGGUCCGGUCCGGGGGAUUGGGAUUCCUCCCCGCCGCAUCCUGAGCCUCGUGGAACUGGAACUGGAUCCGGCACAGGUGGCCGCGGUGACCGCGGCCCUUGUCGGGGCCUUCUCCAUCGUGCAGCGCCGAGCCGACGCCUCCGCCUCCGAGUCUGAGUCCGACUCCGACUCCGACUCCCAUGCGAGCGGCCACCACAGCGAUGUGCACCACCGGUACCCGCCCAUCCACUCGCUGGAAGCGGGGGAUGGCCGCCUCUUCUUGCCGGCCUCCGAUCCUCGUCGACAGGGCGACAGACUGUGCAGACUGUCGGAUGUACAGGAGAACCCAUGGAUCAUCACGGCAAGCACAGAAAGGUUUGCAGAUCCUUGUGAGUUGACCGAUGAAACAACAAGGACUUGGGUCAUGAGGCUCAAAACUACUACCAAACUUGUUUGUUUAAGUAAGCAGCAAUUACAUGAGCAGAAUCAGGAAUUGGCUGAGGAACGCUUUGCAGUGGUAUCCGAGCAAUCUUUAGAGCUCAUCCUUGAGGUUGCAUGCUCAUUCUGUGACGCAAGAUGGUCUCGUGUCCACAUUUUGCAACAGCUGACUGUUUUUGACGCGCUUGUUGAUGUCCUGUUCAAUAUAAAAGACCUGCAUUUCAGCAGAUCUGGUGAGGUUGCUGGCAUUAUUAAUAAGAUGGUGAAUGCUUUCAAAGGUGUGAUUCAGAGGACCUCAAAUGACAUCCGUGGCAGCAAAGAAUCCACCAUCCACCCAGCAACUUUGGUCCUCGUACAAGUCCUGGAAUUCUUCUGGCGUAACGGAGAUAUGGUGCAGUCAAUCCUUGAAUCUGGAGAUUACAACACUGGCCCGUGCUCUGACAUGCUUGAUUGUCUGGUAUCCAAGCUCAAGGAAUGUUCAGAAAUGAUUUUCCAGGAAAAGGGACAAAGGUGCAUAUUCUUUCUGAAUAACCUAAUUUAUGUUCUGCAAAAGGAGUGCCAUUCAGGGUUACUCCCUCGCAAUGCAGUGAGUGAUUUAAAUUCACUGAUUGACCAGAGCAUCAAGAGCUACCUUGAAGAAUACUGGGUUGCGCUCGUGAGAUGUUUAUGCUUGGAUGGGGACUCUCUGACUCUGAGGAAGCCGCGCCGUUCGUCCUUGGAUAAAUUUACUGAAGAGUUCUGCACUAUCUAUGACAGCCAGAGGACUUGGAAAGUUCAGCCUUGGCUUAAGGCAAGACUGCGUGAACAGAUAGUGGAACUGGUUGUUCCAGAAUAUGAGAAGUUCUUGAUGGCGCUUCAGGAGAAUCCAGGUUCUUGGUUGACGAGGAUGCGCCGAGCCAGAUCUGAGAAACCGAUACACACUGCUGAGCGGCUGGGACAGCUGAUUCGUGAACUCUUUGAAAGAUAGCAUUCAGGGAUGGGCGGGCACCAAACUUAUAGAGGGUCGGAAUAGUAUAUAGGAGAAAGCACGACUUGGUAUCCGGGUCUGAACUUCUUAUAGAGCACCUGGGAGCACCGACCCUCCGACCCAACAAAUAAGAAGGGAUGGGAGUAGUAUAUAGGAGAGCAUUCUUUAUUUGUUGGUUCGGUUGUGAUGCCAAAUGGGCCCAUGUAUGUAGUAUCAUCAGGUGAUGAGCAUGCGUCCUGUAUAUAUUAUAUUAUACUACUCCCUCUGUCUCAAAAUAAGUGUCUCAAGCUUAGUAUAACUUGUAUUAGCUCUAAUACAAAGUUGAGACACUUAUUUCGGGACGGAGGGAGUAUUAUGACAGCCACUGGUGGAUCUGGCAGAUGCGGCGAUGGCGCUGCACAAUGAGUUGGGCAUUGGUCUAGAUGACAUGUCCAUUCGUCCAUUCUUCCUAGAGGACUUCCUUAUGAUAUGCGAGCACCCUCUCAUCCGGCAACUCAUGGUGGAACGUGGAUUCGCCCCCGGCAAUGGCUUUCACCUUGGCCUUCGGCCGUGGAUGCGUCGGGCUCAAGCAACAGGUGCCUUCCUGCCUUUUAUGGUGCCCCUGGAGCUGGUCGGCGUUCCUGCCCAUGCCUAGACAAGGAGAACGGCAGAGGUGAUUCCAUGCGGGUGUGGGCGCGUAGUCCAGGUCGCAGAGCGCACGGCGCGCCGGCAUGACAUGUUGCGCUUCCAGGUGUGGCUGAAGACGUUGGACCCUGGGCGCAUACCGCGCCGCCAGCGUCUGUUCGUCUCGGAGCCCGGCGCGGGCGGACGACAGGUGCCGGCAGGGGACUCCUCCUGAUGAGUUGUGGUACCCUAUCACCAUCUCGCGCCUGGCCCCACCGGUCAGACAUGCGCCCUUCGCCAGCGUGGCGGAGAGCUCGGCGGCUGGGGGCCCGGCUAGGGCUGGCGACUCCGGUGGCUCGGCGGCUUCGACGCUCGUGGUGCGCCAGGCUGCCACCCGGCCCGU